AUGAAAUUGAGAGCAUUCCCGUUUUCUCUAAAGGAUUCAACUAAGGAUUGGCUCUAUUAUCUACCUUCCGGGAGUGUUACCACAUGGAACGAAAUGAAGAGGCUAUUCCUAGAAAAGUACUUCCCAGCUUCAAGGGCGGCCAAUAUCAGAAAAGAAAUCUACGGUAUAAGGCAAUACAACGGGGAGUCCCUACAUAAAUACUGGGAACACUUUAAGAAGUUAUGUGCAAGCUGUCCCCAUCAUCAAAUCAGCGAACAACUACUUAUUCAGUAUUUUUAUGAGGGACUUCAACGUACUAAUAGGAGCAUAAUUGAUGCUGCUAGUGGAGGAGCUUUAGUGGAUAAAACCCCCGAGGCCGCGAGAAAUCUGAUUGCAAACAUGGCGGCCAAUUCUCAACAGUUCAGCUAUAGGCUCAACCCUCCAGCAAAGCAUGCUAAUGAGGUAAAUAUCUCUUCCCUAGAACAACAAAUUGCAAGUCUGACCUCUCUUGUUCGUCAAAUGGCUGCAGGUAAUAUGCAAACGGUGAAUGCUUGUGGGAUAUGUUCGAUAGUAGGGCAUCAAACGAAUUUGUGCCCAACUCUUCAAGAGGAGCCCAUUGAGCAAGUGAAUGCGGUAGGUGGUUUUCUGGGGCAACUGCAAUGGAAGUACGAUCCCUAUUCAAGCACAUAUAAUCCGGGAUGGAAGGAUCACCCCAAUCUAAGCUAUGGGAAUCCACAAAACCACCAAACUUUUCAGCCAUAUCAGCCAUACCCCCCUAGACAACAGUCAGCCCAAACUUCUGAUUCAUGUAUGUCUUUAGAGGAUAUUGUUAAAUCUCUUGCCACUAAUACUUUGUUAUUUCAACAGGAGUCGAAACAAUUUCAGCAGGAGACAAGGGCCAGUAUCCAACGUUUGGACAAUCAGAUGGGCCAAAUGGUGACGGCAAUUAGUCGGUUAGAGGCGCAAAGUUCAGGGAAAUUACCCUCUCAAACGGUUGUGAAUCCAAAAGAAAAUGUAAGUGCAAUCGUUUUGAAAAGUGAUGAAGAGGUUGAAACUCCAGCAAGGGCAGCCCCCGCAUUGCCGAACCGAGAAAAGGAGAAAGACAUCAUUCCCGAUGAUGGAGUACCUAAGCGUAAGUUUCCACCUCUUUCUGAUUAUAAACCGAUACGUCCUUUUCCUCAUGCUUUAGCAGGAUGUAGAGAAGAUGAGCAGUAUAAAGAUUUUUAUGAGACUUUUCGUAGAUGCGAGGCAAAUAUUCCCCUUUUUAAUGCUCUUAAACAAGUACCUCAUUAUGCUAAAUUCUUGAAAGAAUUGUGUUACACUAGAAUUGAGAAGGCCAUGAUAGACUUGGGAGUUUCUAUUAGUGUCAUGCCAUAUUCUAUAUAUGCUUCUUUGAAACUUGGACUUUUGAAUAAGAUUGGUAUAGUGAUUCAAUUGGCUGAUAGAUCUAAUGCCUAUCCUAAGGGUGUAGUUGAGGAUAUUCUUGUAAAAGUAAAUGAUUUGGUUUUUUCUGCUGAUUUUUAUGUACUUGAUAUGGAUAAUGGUGAUCAAACCACUCCUAUUCUGCUAGGAAGACCAUUUUUAAAAACAUCCAAGACUAAGAUAGAUGUUUAUAGUGGCACACUCACCAUGGAAUUUGAUGGUAAGAUUGAAGUCUUCGAACUUAAUGGAAAUGAUGGAUUAGAAGUCUCCAUUAGUAAACAUCUUGAAAAAGAAGAGCCAAUGCUGAAUGCUGAUUUGCAGGAAACUGUUGCAGCAUUGGAUGAUUCUCUAGACUUACCCUCUGUUUUGCAGGCCUCCAUUCCAGAGUUGAAGCCUUUCCCUAGUCACCUCAAGUACGUAUUCCUUGGAGACGGAGAGACAUUACUGGUGAUCAUCUCUAGUAGCCUUAGCGCACCACAAGAAGAGGAGCUUGUACAGGUUCUCAAUGAGCAUAAGACGGCUAUCGGUUGGACGACUGCGGAUAUCAAAGGAAGCAUCCCGUCUACAUGCAUGCAUCACCUCUUACUUGAAGAGCAAGUGAAACCUUCCUGUCAACCACAAAUAAGGCUGAACCCACACAUGAUGGAUGGAAGGGGAAAGCACUGA